AUGUUUGCUACCCUUAACACAACGCGAGCAUCUAUCUAUCUAUCUAUCUAUCUAUCUAUCUAUCUAUCUAUCUAUCUAUCUAUCUAUCUCAGACCCUUCUCAUCUAUCUGCCUAUCUACCUCUACAUCUCUCUUGGCAGCUUGUCCAAAAUCACUCAUACACAAACGUUAUCAGCUGGCGUUUGUUGGUCGACGAAUCUGUCCGCUUUGCAACCAAGUCUUUUUACGACUGUGGACAUCGAAAAUGUCAACUGGAUUGUGUCGCUCGAAGCUUGGUUGGUUUCUCUUGAUUCUUCAAGUGAUAUUCAUCGUGUUGUUUGCAACAACUGUUUCUUAUUCGGACACUGCACACAGCGUAGAGACCAAGGGCAAAAAAAACAGUGAUGUGGACACUUACUAUGGAAUGUUUCAAGAUGUACACGUGAUGAUCUUCGUUGGUUUUGGUUUUCUGAUGACUUUCCUCAAGAGAUAUGGAUACGGAAGCGUUGGAUUCAACUUCUUAAUUGCCGCCUUCGUACUUCAGUGGGCCACACUCGUUGGAGGUUAUCUGAAAAGCCAUGGCGAGAGGAUCAAACUCACAAUUGAUACAUUGCUGACGUCUGACUUUGCUGCUGCUGCUGUGUUGAUCUCGUUAGUGAAUAAAAUCUAUCUAUCUAUCUAUCUAUCUAUCUCAUCUAUCUAUCUAUCUAUCUAUCUAUCUAUCUAUCUAUCUAUCUAUCUCAGUCUGUUCAUAUCUAUCUAUCUAUCUAUCUAUCUAUCUAUCUAUCUAUCUAUGUACUACCGAACAUAUAUACCUAUAUUUCUAGGCAACACUGGUUCUUAUCAAGCUGUUAAUAUGUACAAAAUUAGUUAUCUUUAUCUAUUAAUCUACCUCUGGUUCGCUCUCUCUUCCUCUCUUUCUUUCUGUCUGUCUGUCUGUCUGUCUGUCUGUCUCUCUCGAGCGAAGAGAGAGAAAAAGCGAGAUUCUUUUAAUUCUGUUUUCAGUCCGGUUCUCAAACCAUAUUUCUAUUCUCAGGUUGUUGACAUCGGCGGUUCUAUGUUCGUGCAUGCCUUUGGUGCCUACUUUGGUCUCUCUGUCAGUCGCGUCUUGCACAAUCCGGAAGUUGAAGAAUCGAAGAAAGAAGGCGCAGUCUAUCAUUCUGAUAUCUUUGCUAUGAUUGGAACUCUCUUUUUGUGGUUGUUCUGGCCAAGUUUUAACAGCGCCCUCGCUCAUGGGGAUGACAGAGAACGAGCCAUCAUCAACACUUAUUACGCUUUGGCCGCUUGCUGUGUUGUGACUUUUGCUGUUUCUUCAUUACUUGAUGGAAAACGACGAUUAGAUAUGGUUCAUAUCCAAAAUGCAACUUUGGCCGGCGGAGUGGCUGUCGGAACAACUGCAGAUCUCAUGAUCGAACCUUACGGUGCCAUCAUAAUUGGGUCGAUUGCUGCUAUCGUCUCUACUGUUGGCUACAGAUUUGUCACGCCUUUCCUCUCCUCCACUUUGAAGACCCAUGAUACCUGUGGAGUGAACAAUCUCCACGGCAUGCCCGCACUUAUUGCUGCUAUUGCCGGGGCAGUUACCGCCGCCGUCGCCACUGAAGAUACAUACGGUUACAGUCUCUACGAGAUGUUUCCGGCUCGUGUACCAGCAACAAAUAAUUCCGAGUAUUUCCGAAUUAAGGACAACGUUGAUGUUUCCCUGGGGCUAGGACGCACGGGUAUGCAGCAGGGUGGCUACCAAAUUGUAGCUUUACUCGUCACUCUCUGUAUUGCUGUUGUUGGCGGUCUCAUCACAGGUGUCAUAUUAAAGUUCGUGAAAAUUCUGGAUGAACCACAAGGAGAUGAGAUCUUCGAAGACCAUAAAUUCUGGCACCUCCCCGAGGAUGAAGAAGCUGAAAGCGGCGUCACCCAAACCAUAAUGACGACAUCUGCAUAA